AUGCCUGGCCCAAAAAUCACUGCUGUCCAGGGUGAUGUCGUGCGUGUGCUCAUUCGCAAUCAGUUGUCUCCCAUGCCCAAACCUGACGACCACCGACACAACGUAGCCAUCCAUUUCCACGGCAUCAGGCAGUACGGUUCUGUGCAUUCUGAUGGUGUCCCCUAUCUGACCCAAAUGCCAAUUAAACCCGGCCAAGAAUAUGUGCAUGAAUUUAGAAUAGUCAAUCAAGCCGGAACUUAUUUUUACCAUGCGCAUGUUGGUAUGCAAGAAGAAACGGUAUUUGGCCCCAUUGUCGUCUAUGAAUCGAACCUCGCUGAUCCGAAGAAUAGCAAGUCUUUGCUGCUGAAGGCUGGCCCCUACGCUUACCAUGAUGAACGCACGCUCUUGAUGAGUGAAUGGUGGCAUCGACCUCACAUGGAGUUUGAAAAGUUUCUAAUGGGUCCAAAGUUCAACUUUAUUCCAGAGGCUGACAGUAUUUUGAUCAAUGGUCGUACGCUACAUGACUCUAGAAACGCAGUUGUCGCACAAUGUGGGGGAUAUGAACUGAUACCAGUGGAGCCUAAUCGAACCUACCGCUUUCGUGUGAUUGGUGCCACCGCUUUCCGAACACUCGGCUUUGCAAUUGCUCAUCAUAACUUGACAAUCAUCGAGGUGGAUGGCGAAUUGACGAAACCUUAUACUGUCAGUCAGCUGGAGGUGGCUCCAGGCCAGCGAUUCUCGGUGUUGGUGCACACAGAUCAAAAGCUGGAUGACUACAGUAUCCAAGUUGUUCGUCGUUGGUCUGAUAACGUCGCAAGACCCACCAAUGGACUGGCCAUCUUGCAAUAUCCUAAACGUUCAGGGCGAUCUACUGAACAUGGAUCAAGAGGCGUUAUCCAACUCAAGAACCCCAUUGUGCUCGAGCCACCUCUCGCCAAGGCACAUUUUGAACUGGCAGAGGACGAAACGCCCCACUGGCUAUGGUCAAAUAUCGAGCCUCUUUACGGUGUUGAUCCCAUCAUUUACAAGCCUGCUACCAAAACCAUCAAGUUACGCAGUGUAGAUAAACGUAUGCCAGACAACACGGUGCGAUGGCUGGUCAAUGGUAUUGCAUUCUCUGAAGAGCACGAAAGGGAUUCACCCAUCUUGCACGAAAUCAAGAGCAACCGUCGUCAAAAACCUGGACUAUACGACACCAUCACUGCUAAUGGCUAUGAUCGUAACUUGGGCACAUACCCUAUCAGCCACUUUGAUAUUGUGGAUAUUGUCAUUCAAACCACACACAAACCUGGAGAGCCCUGUCGAAGCCAUCUAUGGCAUACGCAUGGCCAUUCGCAUUGGGAGAUUGCUCAUGGUCAAGGUGAAUACGUCCACGAAAGAGAUGCUGAUAUCCAAAACGUCAAGAAACCUCUGCAAAAAGAUAUCACCAUGAUUUACCCUUUUGUCGAUCCAAGUUUGUUUGAGAAGAAUGGCACCAAAGUAGAGGAACCUGUUGGGUGUGGAUGGUCUAAAAUCAGAAUAUUGGCAGAUAAUCCUGGUGUCUGGGCAGUGCACUGUCAUAAUACCGCACACAUGUUGAUGGGUAUGAUGGUUGCCCUAGAAGAAGCGCCUGAACUUAUUCCAAGAUAUUCAAGCAUCAAUUAG